AUGGGAGAUACAUCAGGUUCAGCUCCGCUGUUGUGCACGCAGUGGGUGUUCAUCGCCGCCUGCGUGGACUCGGUGUUCGUCCGCAACUGCACCGGCUGCGUCUUCACGGUGGCUUGCAAGCAGCUCAGGACCCGCGACUGCGAGGACUGCGAGUUCAGGCUGUACUGCAAGACCGAGCCCAUCAUCGAGACCUCCCACGGGAUGACGUUCGCGCCCUUCAACGGGGCGUACGUUGGACACGCCGAGCACCUGCGAGAAGCUGGCCUAACGACACCCAACCUGUGGUUCGGUGUGUACGACUUCAACGACGAGGCUAAGACCGGCGACAACUGGCGCCUCCUCGACAAAGGGGAACAAGGGGGCGAACCUUGGCGUCCCCUGAACGACAACUCCGAGGUGGUCAUCCCGGUAACGGCGCCCGGUUCUGUGCCCCUUCCCAGCAAACGAACCGGCGGUCGCACGGGCGAGACCUCGGAAGGAUCGUCGGCGACAACGACGACUACGAUGGCCUUCUCCUUGGCUACGAGCGCGACCGAGGCGGAGGCUGCCGUGCAGGCGGCGCAGCACGCGGCGGGCGUUGUUGCAAGAGCCCCCUCUUCUGACACCGCCUCCGACGCCGCCGUUGCGGGGGGAGGUUCAGGGUCCUCUCCCCCUACUGCUGUUGCCGAGGCGGAAGCAGCGGCGGCUUCCCGGAAGGCGGGGCAGGAAACUAGCAGUGCUGCCCCUCCUCGAGGAGUUUCUACCCUGGCGGGGGGGAACGCGAGUGAAGGGGGUGCCGCUAGCGUCGGAAAGAUCGGCUGGAGCCCGUCUCGAGCGGCGACAGCAACGGCAGCAGCGGCACGGGUCGGAAACGCGGGCGCGAGUGAACGGGACAACGCCGGUAGCGCCGGAAAAGUAGGCUGGUACCCCUCUCGAGUAACUGCAACGGCGGCGGCGGCGGCGACAGUAGCGACAGCGACGGGGAAACCCGCGGCCGCCGGAGGCGGCGGAGGAGACGCUGCUUCGUUGUCACCGCAGCAAAAAGUGGAAGCCGAAUUUGAAGCCGGCGGAGGAAAGGUAGGCUGGAGUUCCUCGCGUGGCGGCGCUGCUGGAUGUGGGGGUGACCCGACGGAGACUCUCCGGGUGGAAGGGCCACCCCGAGCGCUGCUCCGUCCUACUUCCUUAGCCGGGGAGGGAGGAGAGAAGCAACCGUCUGCGCAACAGCAACAUCAGCAGCCUAAGGUGCAGCAGCAAGAACCGCGCCAAAAGAUAGGCUGGGACCCAACACGGGCGUCUAAAUCGCAGCAGCAGCAGCAGCCGCGUCAAAAAAUAGGCUGGGACCCAACACGGGCGUCGAAAUCGACGGCGAGGUCGACCCAAGCCGCCGGCGCGGGCGCUUCCACUUCUGCCCCGGCCGCCCCCAACGCCGGCGGCUCCGUUGUCACUCCGGACAGCACAGCAGAGGCCAACGGCGGCCCACACGUUCGUGCUCUUCCUCCCCCUUCUUCUUCUGCUUCUGCUACCCCUGGGGUGGCGACGGACCCGGCGACUAAGCCGAGGGUUGGAUGGAACGCCUCUCGUGUGGGAAACCCGGCAGUGCCCGCCCCGCUGGCAGUGAACGGUACCACGGCGGCACCACCCACGGCACCAGAGCCAGCAACAUCGGGGGCGGCAGUGGACAAGCCUACGCCGAGGGUAGGCUGGAACCCUUCUCGGAUUGGGAAUCCGGCUAUUCCUGCCCCCGUGAUGAACUGCCGCGCGGCGGGGGCAAAGGAGGCAGAGGCGGCCUCAGCGGUGGCGACGGAGGUGACGGCCGCUGUCGCGGUGGCGGGGCGGGGGGCUGCGAGGCGGGGGGGCGGAGGAGAGGGCGCGGCGAAUGUUGGCAAUGGCGACGGCGGCGGCGGUGUGCGGCGGGCGGAAGUGCCGCUGCACCUGCGUGCGGUGUUGCUGUACGCGUCCACCCAGCGGGGGAUCGACCUCCGAAAGUGGUUCGACCUCGGUGGUGGUGGCGACGGAGAGACGGAGGACGAAGGGCAGGCGGGCGAAAAAGUAGCCACCUUGCUGACGAGGGUCCAGUUCGAGCUCGUGCUAGCCGGGUUGGGGGAAGGCUUAAAGGCCGGCCUUUCGGAGGAUGAACGGCACGAGAUCGACACAGCCAUAGCGCCACGGGUAAUCGAGGCCGCGGUGGCGGCAGCGUCGGCUACCCCGGGGAGAAGCGGAGCCCGCAGCAGCAGCAGCGAGGGCAACAACGGCUGCUCCGUGAUAGACGUCGGAAGGCUCCUCGAUCUCUGCGGCAUCCCCUCAACAACAUCGUUGUCUCCAGCGGCGGCAUGCCCAGAACCCCCCCCGCCGCGUGACAGCGAUCCCCAGGAAAGCGUCGGUCAAGACGUGGCAGCUGAUACCGUCGAAAAGGCAGGCCCGGGUGCGCCGGAAGGGCACGAUUGUGACACCCGGGGGGGCGAGGCGGCGGCAAAGGCUAGAGUGGUGGCGGAGGCGGAGGCGGAUGAGACCGCCUUGCGGAGGGUAGCGCACCAGGCAGAUCUAUACGGUCGGGUGCUGGCGUCCCUGGGGCUCAAGCAGCCCGCCGUGGGUUCCAGCCAAGGGACAGCGCUCGCCGACUGGAAAGCGUCUCUGAGGGUUUCAUCCGUCCCCCUCGAGGCGUUUCGGAAAGGCCUUGCGGAGGUCGGCCUCCACCUCAGCCGGACUAGGGCUAUUGCGCUAGCGACUCGCGCCUGUGGCCCCUUGCACCGCUUCAGCGGCGGAGCCAUUGGCGACGACGGGACCGGACGGCCUCGUGCAGGGCGAAGACCCAACAACAACGCGGGUGGGGGGAGCGCGAGGUUAGGCAGUAGCCUCAGCAGCGGCAGCAGUGGAUCAAGGAAGGGCACCAAGAACGGCCGGCCCAGGAGCGUCGACCGUCUCAGCCGCCGUGGCGGUGGCCGGGCAAGCCUCCAACGCAACAGCCCGCAACGCCAACAACAGCAAUGCCAGCAGCGGGAAAAUGGUGACAACCGGCGGCGGCGGCGCCCGCAGGAGGCGCGGGGGCGAACUGCCGCCCGCGGUGACGGCGGAGGUGGCAAGAGAGCGCCAUCGUUAUCGUCCCGACGAAACGGGCAAGCGCACCCGGUGCUGUCACCGACAACGCGGUGGAGGUCGACACCACCAGCACCCUCGCGCAUGCAGUCGUCGCCGCCGCAAAGGAACAGCUCCCGCGGGGAGCCAGAAAUCCCGGCCUGGGGCCUGCGCCGGUACCUCCUGCGCCUGCGGUGCGAGUCUAUGUCGAGGCAGGCGAGGUGCGACCAGCGCCGGAGGAGGUUCCGCUGCAACCCCACCGGUCAGGAGGAAGGGUGCGAGGACAGCGAGGGUUUGGAAGAGGAGAGGGAAGGAGGAGGAGGAAGAGGAGGAGGAGGAGGGGGAGGGGCGGCGACUGGUGAGGGGGGGGUGGUCGAGGGCGACGAAGACGAUGCGGCGGCGCUGUCGGUGUUUGCCGCCUGGGGAAUGAGGAUCCGGGAGGAGCGUGCCGAGAGGGAGCGAGAGCGGAAACGGUGAGGCUGGGGCUGAGGGAGGGUGGAGACCGAACUUGUCAUGUAUGAUGCUUUUUUGGCUGGAAACCGUGGGUCGUCGGUGAACGGGACGGCAUGUACAUCACCCUACAUGACACGGCGCCUCUUCACGUAUAGUGGCGGCUACGGUUUAAGAGAGAGUAUUUAAGGGAAAGUACCGAUUUACGAGUGUCAAACUGACUUGUCAUGACCAUGAAGAACACAGUACCGUUUACGAGAAAACCGAUUACAAACGAGAUAUGUUGGCUUGUCCCGACCCUCUCUUAAACCGUAGCCGCCACUGUAUUCGAAUCAGCAUGGUCUGGAAUAAUGAAGGAUCGUUCUAUCUUGUUUGGGGUGUGUGGUCACUUCGUAUUCUCCCUCCAAAACAAUCUCCGCAAAAAGAAAGUGGAUAACCCUUGUGUCAUUAGUGACAUGUUGUCAUUUUUUCAAGUGGGAACGGCAAGCCUGCACGUUAGCUUUCACUACAUUGAGGUUCCCCAUAUAGAGAACUUGGAUCCAUCCGCCGUGAUGUGAAGGAGCGCAUCAAUUCAUGGAUGCGUUUGAUUCCAAUGGAGAGGUGAAUAAUCGAUUGGGGUAGCUGAUGUGUUUCAGUUCGGUGUGUGCGGAUCAUUUUGGAGGUAUGCUUUUAGUUUACUGGACCUAGCUGUCGGCUCUUGACCCGUUCGCUUUUCCCUAAAGGUAGAGGCUGGCGCCUAGGACUGAUGGGGACAACAAAUAACAACACAGUUAGUUACGCAUUCAUUGCCAUUGUAGACUAUUGCCGCCUUCAAUUCCAUGUUGAUCUUUGGAUAGAGGGCAGACGCAGUCAACGUCCAUGUGCUCAAUCCACUUGGGGUCGACCGGUCUUUCAGGGAGUUCCAGAGCGCCCUGGCAGGGCGGUCUCAAGCCCUGACGCUCGAACAGCUUCUGGAGUGCGUCCGUCGAUUCGAGAUCAUGACCCCUGAGGUGCGUUGGUGAUGCGCGUGCAGUGUCCUGCGGUCGUUCGUUAUAUUAUUCCUUCCGCCGAGUCUAGACGCAACCUCCGAGGUUCCUGCUUCCGAGAGACUGCAGCGACCGUCUCCUCUGUUCCUUGCCAUUGUGUUCGUUGGAGCUCUGCUGGUCGAGGACCCGUGGCGGCGUCUGGCCAAUAAUAGUACUCACUCUCGGGUCAUAUUUUUUGUUUCUGUUCGACCGCACCCAGGUCAGCUUGUGACCACGGCAGAACCUCGAUUGCUUUUGUCUCGACGAGUAGGAAAGAAGAUACGCAACGUCAACUUGAAAACAAUAUCAAUAAUUGCUGGCAGAGGCGAAGUACUGUAAGUAGCGCGAUUCAUGUUUUUUCACCCGAAUUACAAUUAUCGCCAACGCGAUUCACAUGUGACAGCUUCUGACCCAAGACGGUGAAACGUGUCCCAGAGAAACUUUCACGCACAGCACACCUCACCCUGAUCCAUGUUUCAUUGUUGCAAACGAAACGUACGCGCAAUAACGCUACGGGGCCAGAGAAAUCGUUCGCCGGUGGAGCCAGGGAUUGAAUCCUUGAAAUCCUCGAACAAUGAUCAAUAUGUUGGCAAUUUUUCUGAAAGCCUUGGUUGGGUGACAGCACGCAUCAGAUUUUGCAUGUAGCUUUGGUUGGGUGUCACACACGAAUCCAACUUAAGAUGUUCACCAUGAAGCUGCUUCCAAACCAUCUUCAACUUGAAAAACCUUCACAACAUGGUUAUCAUUUUUCAUCAAGAUGGUGCAUAUUUUCCUUCAACAACACAUCCUGGCUGAGUGCCACAAAAAAAAAUCACAUCAUUUUGCAAUCCACCCGUAAAGGCGCGUACUACCCUGCCGUAGCUCCAUCAACCUACUCACUACUUGACCGACCCCCCCGCGCCAAAAAAAUAAACAGCAACUUCUUAACUUACGCAACUUGCGAUGUUGGUGAAACAAACAGCAGGCACAUCGCUGCUAGUGACAAAUUCGUCCGUCCAUCGAUCGCACGGUUGCGCCUUCCCUCGAGUGCUGGCGUGUGUGUAUGCUUCGUGCUUGCGCGCCUCUCUCACCCUCCCAUGCCGCGCAAUGACGUGGAAUCGGCCGG